AUGCUGCUGGCCACCCCGGGCGCCAUGCGGCUGGUGGUCAUCCCCGCGCCAGACGGCGCCGAUGUGUUCCAAGGUGCGAUCGUCGGGGCACGGGCGGCCCUCGCGUGCCUGGCUGCCUCCGAGUUUGAGCGGGUCCUCGCCGUCCACGUCGGGCCGUUGGUCGGCCAAGGCGACGUCCAGGUCAUGGGAGGGGCAUGCGGUGAGGGCGCGCCGGCUGGGGACGGGGGCCGCGCCACGUUGCACAAGACGGCGGCAGGACGUCCUGCUGGCAUGCUGUGCAAGGUCACCGGCGUCGUGGGCGUUGGUGCCGGCGUUUCCGCGGGCCUUGCCCUGAGCGCUGUCCAGCCGGGCCGCGGGGCGCAGGUCGACCGGCUCGUGUGCCGGACCUCGCACGGCGCGGCGUUCGCGACGGCCGCGGGCGAGGGCUCUUUUGCAGCCCCGCUGCUUCGGGACUCGCAGGACGCGCUCCGCCGCGUGCGGUGCAGUCUGGAGAUCGUGUUCGAGUCCUCCGAGCCCCUCGCUCUUGGCGACCCCACGUCCGGGCGGUGGGAGCAGGACUCGCCGCCACCCUCGAGCGGCGGCAAGUCUCAGGAGGCCCCCCUGGCGGCCGGCGCCCGCCCGCUCGGUGCCCCGUCGGACGGCGGACAUCCGGGGCCGCUGCUCGUUGACCAGCACGUGGUGGACGCCAUCCGCCUCGAGCGGCAGUCGGCCGAGGCCGCGUGCGUGGGCGGCCGGCGGCUGUCGUCGGAUACCACCAGGGAGCCGCGGUUCUCCGACAUGCGGGUCGACGUGCCGGGGCAGGAGCCGGACGACGACGAUAUGGGGACCUCGACUGGGAUCGUGUUCUGCCCGGUCUUGUGGGGGCACAUGUUCGUCCCCCUGGUGCCUCCGGAGAAUAUUUAUCUGAUCUGCUGGCAUCUUGUGAGCUUGCUGCUCAUCCUCUACCUGGUCUUUUCCAUGCCAAUACAGCUGGCAUUUGAUGCCCAGCCGGAGGGCUUUCUCUACUUCCUGUCGGUCACGAUCGACGUGUUCUUCAUGUGUGAUCUGGCGCUCAAUUUCUUUGUCGCCUACAGGGAUGCCGAUGGGAAGGUGGUGCUGGAGCCCUUGGCCGUCGUCUGCAACUAUGUGAGGACGUCGUUCGCUCUUGACCUCCUGGCGUCGAUACCGUUUGACCUCAUUCUCGACGACGGCAGCGACAUGCAAGUGUUGAAGGGCGUGCGGGUCGUCAGGGUUCUGCGGAUAUUGCGGCUUGUCCGGCUUCUGCGGAUCUCCAAGUCGAAUUCGUUCAAGCGUCAGUUAGAUGUCGUUAUCGAGUCGAGCCGGAUUUUGGUGUUUGUGCAGGGCGUGAUGGGUUUGUUGAUUUGCCUCUUCGGGGUGACCCAUUGGGCGGCGUGCUGCUGGUACGUGGUCGGCACCCUGGACGACGGCCAAACCUGGAUAAAGGAGAAGCUGAACGGGAUAACCUCCUGGCAGGAACAGUACGUCUACUCCUUCUACUUCACCCUGACGACAAUACACCGACUUCGCGCGCUGCUCCACCGCCACAGCUGCUGCCGAGCGCCUCCAGGGGGGCGACGCGGGAGGCGCGGGCGCGCCCCGCCCCACUUGGGCGCGGGCCCGCGGGGAUCCGAUCGCCCCGGCUCGACGUCGGUCGCGGCCGGCCCGGUGCAGUCCGCUGCCGCUGCUCCGAGGAUGGUCGACUGGGCGUAAGAGUGACCUUUCGCGGGGGUGACCUUGGGUGCGGG